GAGACUAGAACGUCAGUAGUUGAGCUGUCUCGAUCCUACUAGGUUGCCUUCCUCGGUAGCCUAGUAGGACUUGGUGGUUGUGCUAUUCCUUGUGUGUUGGGCUGUCUCGCCUUUACAAGGUUGCCAUCUGCGGUGACAUUGUAUGUGGUGUGGUUUGCGGUUAUGUUCAUUGCCUGUCUCGGCAGUGUAACUGGCAUAGGGCAAUGUGCUUUAGUGGUCGUUGUCUGAUGGUUAAUUCCAUCACCGUGGCCUGUCUCAGUACACUUGCGUACCCUUCGGGGUGCAAUGUUAGGGAAAUAGUCUUAUAGGGAGUGCCGCGUUUGUGCUCUGCGUGAUCGCCGCCGCGUGAAUAGUCUACAGACCCAGGUCUUUAGGGAAUGCCGCGUACGUGAAGCGAAAGGCGAAUGUUCGUUGUUGGCCAAUUCGGGUGUUCGUCCACUGGCCGUUUCGCGUAUCGUCGCUGGGUUAAAGAUACUACACCGUUCGAGAGCUGUGUGUUCUAUUAGGGAGUGCCGUGAAUUUAGUGAAAUACCUUGUUCGCCUCACAAGAUAAGUCUAUUAGGGAGAUGCGAUACAUUACUGCAUCAAGUCUGGUUAGGGAAAGCUGUAUUCAGCACUAGGGCACAUCUUCGGAUGUGUAAACGACUCAUGUGGGAGUGGUCCUGCGCCGGCUAGCCCCAUGACGACUUUGUGAGGUGGUUUCGUACCCUCCAGGUAAUGGAUAGGGCUAUUAUGACUUAAGUGGCAUAAUAGUACGCCUAUCACCCCCAGUGGUGAAGCUCUAGUUUCCGCGAGCAGGAAGUAAGUAGUAGGAGACACACCCAGUAGUAGGAAUGCGGGGGAGGUGGGCAUCUGAAGCAUCGGUGUGGUAGUUAGCAGUUGAUUCCUCAACCGCAGGCAUCGAUUGGUAGCUAUUAUGUAAUAGUUAUUUAGCGGAUAAUAUCCCACAACCCUGGCUCGGGCAAUUUCCUAUCACCUAUAGUGAUAUUUCCUAGAUCUAUUCCUAUAAGUGAUACAUCCCAUCCAUAUUACCAUAACGUAGUAUGGAUAAUUAUAGCUAUUACAAUUUGAGUAAAUUGUAGAUAUUUCACAACAUUUUGUUAAAUUAUUGGUAUUUUGGUAAAUUCCAUGAUGAAUUUUGGUAAAAUAGGUACAUACAGUGAUUCUAGUAAAUUAUUAUUAUAGGUCUAGUGAUAACCGAUUUUGGUAAAUUACCGGUAAUUUUUUGAGAAGUAUUGGUAGACCAUUUGGUCGCUCCCGUGCAGAAACCUCGUAAGUCCAAAUUUGAAAAUUUUACAGGAGGUACAAAAAACUGUUUAAAAAGUUCAUUUUAUAAAAGAUUCCACCAACUUUUCGAUUUUAUGUUUUAGGGCAAUACCUGGAUAGUAUUUUCAAACAUAUCAUUACUUCAACAUUAGUUCUACAUCAAAUAAUUGGAUUUUAUUUAAUGCAAUGUGGACAUAUGAGGUUUUCUUGUAUCAAAAACCUAGUAUGUCAAUGGUAGUCCAUGGCAAAAACCUCGUAAGUCCUCCGACUUACGAGGUUUUCACAUGGUUUUCAUCCUGAAAAAUUUGGACAUACGAGGUUUUGUUCGUUUGAUGUUUAUGAAUUGCCUGGUAAGAGUGCUAGCUAAUUUUUUAAGACUUACGAGGUUUCUUCUAUUCGAUUCCUCGUGUUUUUUCCUAUAAGAAAAGUCAAAAAAAAGUUUUUUGAAAAACUUACUUGGACUUACGAGGUUUCUGCACGGGAGCGACGAUUUGUCCAUUCCACAAGUUUUUCAUGGCUCAUAAUUUUGAUUUAUAUAGGUCAUUUUCAUCAAUAUUUUGCACAAUUUUGACAAUGGGUUUCGCGGAUUUGUAUAAAAAAUUAGAACCGCACAGAUUCGCUGGCGUUUUUUUUGGAACCAAACCAAUGAUACUGAUCAGAGAUCCGGACCUAAUCAAAGACAUAUGGAUCAAGGAUUUCGCCUACUUCAGCGACCGUGGCUGGAAAAUCGAUCAGGACUUGGAACCUUUGAGCCAUCAUUUGUUCACUAUGCAAAACGAUGAUUGGAGAAGCCUCAGAAUCAAACUUACCAACGCAUUCACAACUGGAAAAAUGAAACUGAUGUUACCUUUAGUGAAAGCAUGUGGCGAAAAACUUUCCGAAGUUAUUGACCAAACACAAUACGACAAAUUUUUUGACGUCAAGGAGUUAUCAUCCAGGUACACUACCGAUGUGAUAGGAAACUGUGCAUUCGGUCUGCAGACCAACUCGUUGGACGAUCCAAAUGCUGAAUUCAUCAUAAUGGGCAAAAAACUCCUACAGUUCAGGCUCAGAUCGCUUUUUCGAAUGUUUGAAUUCGAGAUGCCGCAGCGAUUGAAAAGAUUAUUGAAAAUAACAUUUUUCGACUUGAAAACGCAAGAUUUUUUCGGCGACAUCGUUUACAAGGCCAUCGAUUAUCGAGAAAAAAACAACGUCAAACGAAAUGACCUUUUAGACUUGCUAAUAACGCUGAAAAAUGACUACAUUUUCCCAAAACUUGACAAUACUGUAGAAAAGGAGAAAAGUUCACAACAAUUUGUCAAUCAAAAUGGAAGCGCUAGAGAGAUUAAAACUGAUUCGAAAAUAACGAAUGAAUCGCUGGCAGCACAAGCUUUCAUAUUUUACCUGGCUGGAUUCGAGACAUCAUCGACGACCCUGAGCUACGCACUUAUGGAAUUAUCACAAAAUCAACAUAUUCAGGAUAAAGUUAGACAAGAAAUAAUCGAUGUUAUCUCAGCCAGUGAUGGCCAACUGACAUACGAUGGUCUGAAACAAAUGACUUACACAGAUAUGGUAAUUCAAGAAACACUAAGAAAAUAUCCAUCAGCCGCGGUCCUGUUCAGAAGAACGGUAAAAAACUACAAAGUGGCAGAUUCCAAAGUUGUGAUACCUGCUGCUACGCCGAUUGUGCUCUCAAAUUAUGGACUACAUAUGGAUGAGAAAUACUUCGAUAAUCCGCAGGAAUUCCGCCCAGAACGUUUUUCGGAAGAAGAAAAAUCCAAACGACAGAAUUAUACGUAUUUGCCUUUCGGAGAAGGGCCAAGAUAUUGCAUAGGAGCUCGUUUCGCCAAAAUCAUAGUCAAGGUUGGACUGAUUUACGCAUUGUGGCAUUACACUUAUCGAAUCUCAUCGGAGAUGAAAUUUCCUAUAAAAUAUGAUAAAAAUUUCGGCCUGCUGACUCCUAAUAACAGUAUUCUACUGCAACGAGAAAAACUAAGGACUUGAUGGGUAAUUUUUCACAGCACUUUAGUGGAAUUUUCCAGCGAUGAGUGCGUCAACUUUAAGCACUAGGUAUGCAACUAGAUAAAGACACGAAAUAUUCGAGCUGUUGAGAAGAUUGUGAAAACGAAUGAAAAAUCUGAUCAAGAGAUAUAUACUUCGUGAAGCUGGGAACAAUUUAUGGGAAUUUUUAGCAACAUUUUAAAAUGACUUUCAAACGCCAUUUCGUCACGUUUCAAGACAAUGUUUUGUACAAUGUUUAAUUUUUUAUCAUAUUUUGACUGUUUUACGUCGCUCUAUUAAUUUUUAUGAAAUUUUUAUUAUACUUAUUAGGAUUAGACAAUAGGACAUGUCUACACAGAAUUUUCAAAAUCAGCUGUUAUAAAAUUCUAAAUACAUUACCUAUACUUUUA